ACGUCAGGAUUUGGGCUGGUGUGCCUCGACUGGCGAUGGCGCCCCCCGAGGCUUAGAGGUCCAGCGCCAGCGGCCGGCUUGGCACAAGACGCCCGCAUUUGUGUCAGACCGUGGGAGCCCUGGUUUUAGGAACAUGCUGCUGCCGCUGGCCAAGCUGUCCUGCCCGGCAUAUCAGGGCUUUCGUGCCUUAAAAAUUAAGAAGAAAUGUCUGCCGCUGUGUGUCACAAGAUGGACUUCAAGUUCUGCUGUACCCCAAAUUACUACCCACUAUACGAUCUUUCCCCGAGACAAGGACAAGCGAUGGGAGGGAGUGAGCAUGGAGCGGUUUGCAGAGGAAGCCGAUGUGGUCAUCGUCGGUGCAGGGCCUGCCGGGCUCUCUGCAGCUGUUCGUCUAAAGCAGUUGGCUGCUGAGCAUGGGAAGGAUCUCCGAGUGUGUCUGGUGGAGAAAGCUGCUCAGAUCGGAGCUCACACUCUCUCGGGAGCCUGCCUUGAUCCAUGUGCUUUUGAAGAAUUGUUCCCAGACUGGAAGGAGAAAGGGGCCCCACUUAAAACUCCUGUAACAGAGGACAGAUUUGGAAUUUUAACCAAAAAAUACCGAAUUCCUGUACCAAUUCUUCCAGGUCUUCCAAUGAAUAAUCAUGGCAAUUACAUUGUACGCCUGGGACAUUUAGUGAGCUGGAUGGGAGAACAAGCAGAAGCCCUUGGUGUUGAAGUCUAUCCUGGUUAUGCUGCUGCAGAGGUUCUUUUUCAUGAAGAUGGCAGUGUAAAGGGGAUUGCCACAAACGAUGUGGGGAUACAAAAGGAUGGUGCACCAAAGACCACAUUUGAAAGAGGACUAGAACUACAUGCCAAAGUCACAAUUUUUGCAGAAGGUUGCCAUGGACAUCUAGCUAAGCAACUAUAUAAGACGUUUGAUUUGAGAGCUGAUUGUAAUCCCCAAACCUAUGGAAUUGGACUAAAAGAGUUAUGGAUUAUUGAUGAAAAGAAGUGGAAACCUGGAAGAGUAGACCACACGGUUGGCUGGCCCUUGGACAGGCAUACUUACGGAGGAUCUUUUCUCUAUCAUUUAAAUGAAGGUGAACCCAUGGUCGCUCUUGGCUUUGUGGUUGGUCUGGACUAUCAAAAUCCAUACCUGAGCCCAUUUAGAGAAUUCCAGAGGUGGAAACACCAUCCCAGCAUUCAGCCAACAUUGGAAGGUGGAAAAAGAAUUGCCUAUGGAGCCAGAGCUCUCAAUGAAGGUGGUUUUCAGUCUAUACCAAAACUGGCCUUCCCUGGUGGUUUACUAAUUGGUUGUAGUCCUGGUUUCAUGAAUGUUCCCAAGAUCAAAGGUACCCACACAGCAAUGAAAAGUGGAAUGUUGGCAGCUGAAUCCACUUUUAAGGAAGUAACUAAUGACAAUCUUCAAUCAAAAACAAAAGGACUCCACAUAAGUGAGUAUGAGGAGAAUCUGAAGAAAUCAUGGGUAUGGAGAGAACUCUAUUCUGUCAGAAAUAUAAGACCUUCUUGUCAUGGAGUCUUGGGCUUAUACGGAGGGAUGAUGUACACUGGAAUAUUUUAUUGGAUACUUCGAGGGAUGGAGCCAUGGACUCUACAACAUAAAGGUUUGGACGCCAAUCAGCUAAAGCCAGCCAAGGAUUGCACACCUAUUGAGUAUCCAAAACCUGAUGGACAGAUCAGUUUUGACCUCUUAUCAUCUGUGGCUCUGAGUGGUACUAAUCAUGAACAUGACCAGCCAGCCCAUUUAACCCUGAAGGAUGACAGUGUACCUGUAAAUAAAAAUCUGUUGAUCUACGAUGGCCCUGAGCAGCGAUUCUGCCCUGCAGGAGUUUAUGAAUUUGUUCCUUUGGAAAAGGGUGAUGGAUUUCGGUUACAGAUCAAUGCUCAGAACUGUGUGCACUGUAAAACAUGUGACAUUAAAGAUCCAAGUCAGAAUAUUAACUGGGUGGUUCCCGAAGGUGGAGGAGGACCUGCUUACAAUGGAAUGUAAAUUACAACCACGAUCAUUUGGAAUUACAUUUCAAAGUAUGUUCUUUAAAAUGACAGAUUAAUUUCAAUAUUUAAAGGCUCCCAAGUAUCAGAGGGUCUUAAUUAGGAUAUUUAAAAAAUAAAUCAGUGAAACAAAGUUUUGUACUAAAGACUGUCCCACAUUUUUUGGUUUUAAAAAGGAGCUGAUAACAAGGGCUCACGUAGAAAUUGUUUUGGAUAUGUUGCUAUGUACAAGUGUUCUUAAAGAUUUGGAAGAGCCCCUAAUAAAAUGAAUGUUUUAAAGUCUA